AUGUCUCGAAAAAAACGGUACUCAGUACAUAUCCCAGUACCACCUUUAUCGCCGGUUUUACCCAUAUUCCCUUCACCUGUUAUCGACAGUCAGCGAACUUUCACCGCUACCAGCUCGAAUCCAUCAAGCCCGUUGACCAGUUAUCAUGAUUCUUCAUCUUUUUACCGAAUGUCUUCCAAAUACGAUCAGAUUUCAAAGGAUUCGUUAUCACAGAAUGCAUCAAAUUUGAAAUUGUUGCUUAUAGGAGACGCAGGUGUGGGCAAGACGGCUAUGAUUCUCGGUUAUUGCAACGAACUUCCAACUAAAUCACAAGUAAGGAUAAUGAGUGCUGCCUCUACACCUGUGAAGGAACAACAACAAGCGAAAAAGGGUCAACUGCGAACCAGAAAGAAGAUAGAGAUGAAGAAGAGGUAUAGUUUAAACGAUUACGAGGAAUUGUUCAACAAGAGACAGAGGCAUUCGGGACUUUUGAUCAAUGGUCAUCAAAGUACUGAUGAGAUUAUACCGGAGGUACAAACAGAUGAGGAGGAUGAAGAACUCGUUUUGGAUACAAGAUCGACAAUCGGAGUGGAUAUAAAGACAAGCAUUAUAAAUAUAGAUAACAGGUUUUUCAAAUGUAUUAUGUGGGAUACUGCAGGUCAAGAACGUUACAGGAAUGCAAUGAUACCGAUUCUAUACAAGGGUGCCAACGGGAUUAUAUUAUCCUACGACAUUUGCAAUUAUGAAAGCUUUGCAAAUUGUUGUGACCACUGGUUAAAGGAAGCAUUGGAUAAUUUUGAUACUCAGGAUCUAGGAAGGGUACGAUUUUAUCUCGUUGGGAAUAAGAUAGAUUUAUACAAGGACCGUGAAGUGACGCACGAACAAGUUAUUCAAGCCAUAGAGACUGUUAAACAGGAAUUCAAUGUUAAUAUAUGUGGUAAUUUCGAAAUCACUUGUAAAUGGCCUCAUGUCGUGGAAAGGACAAUCAAUUUGAUCAUAAAGGAUCUCGUCGAAAAUGGUUGUUAUGAAAACAUAGAGAAGGCAGGGGAAUCAACACUCUCUUUGGACACUACCCCUGUAUCAACCGAGGCUAAUAGUGAAUCUGAGAGUGACAAUUUUGUGCGUAGGCGAAACAAAAAACCAUCACAAUCACCGAUAAGGGGCCAGAGUGUGGAUAUCUCCAAACCUUUAGGUAAUAAUAAAACUUCGUCAUCUUGUUGUGUGUAA